AUUCCCGGGGUGGCGCCGCUCGGACUCCGCGUCCCAGCAUUCCCUGCACCAGCCCGGGAGCACUUCCGCCCUGUUGUGAAGUGGGUGUCUCGAGCUUUGGGGAGCAGUCCCUUUUCUAGGAGCCUCUUGAAGGACUCACCAUAGGUGGAGGAAGACAUUGGAUGAGGACAGCACAGCUGAAGUGAGGCGUCUAAGGUAGACAAUGGCUGUGGCCCUGGAAUCGCAAGCCCAGGCGUCUCUGCAGCCAGAGCCUGAAGAACUCCUGAUUGUGAAACUGGAAGAGGACUCAUGGGGAUCAGAAUCCAAACUCCGGGAGAAGGACCGCGACUCUGUCUCCGGCCCAGAGGCCUCCCGCCAGCGCUUCAGGCAAUUCCAAUACAGGGAUGCAGCUGGACCCCAUGAGGCCUUCAGCCAGCUCUGGGCUCUUUGCUGUCAUUGGCUGAGGCCGGAGAUCCGUCUCAAAGAGCAGAUCCUGGAGCUGCUGGUGCUGGAGCAGUUCCUGACUAUCUUGCCUAGGGAGGUCCAGACCUGGGUGCAGUCACGCCACCCUGAGAGUGGUGAGGAGGCUGUGGCCCUGGUGGAGGAUUGGCACCGAGAGACCAGGACUGCAGGACAGCCGGAACUGGAAUUGUAUACAGAAGAGACCAGGCCCUUAAAGACAGGGGAAGAAUCUCAGAGCUUCCAGCCGCAGCCAAUGGAUCCCUGGCCUGAGGGACAGUCUCAGAAGAAGGGGGUGAAGAAUACAUGCCCUGACCUUCCCAAUCAUCUAAAUGCCAAGAUGGCACCACAGCCUUUGAAAGAGAGUGCUGUCCUCACUCCCCGAGUCCCUACUCUCCCAAAGAUGGGGAGCGUUGGAGAUUGGGAGGUGACAGCUGAGUCCCAGGAAGCCCUGGGCCCUGGCAAACAUGCUGAGAAGGAGCUCUGUAAAGAACCCCCAGGAGACGACUGUGGGAACAGCGUGUACCUGGGAGUUCCAGUUUCAAAACCAAGUAUCACCUCUGAGAAAGAGCAAGGACCAGAGUUUUGGGGUCUAAGUCUUACAAAUUCUGGGAAAAGGAGCACUGCAGCUUACAGCCUGGAUAAUGAGCCAGCUCAGGCAUUGACCUGGAGGGAUUCAAGAGCCUGGGAGGAACAAUACCAGUGGGAUGUGGAGGACAUGAAGGUGUCAGGUGUUCACUGGGGCUAUGAGGAGACCAAGACUUUCCUGGCAAUUUUGAGCGAGUCUCCUUUCUCUGAAAAGCUCCGGACUUGUCACCAGAAUCGCCAGGUAUAUCGGGCCAUAGCAGAGCGGCUAAGGGCAAGGGGCUUCCUGCGGACACUGGAGCAAUGUCGCUACAGGGUCAAAAACCUCCUACGGAAUUACCGGAAAGCCAAGAGCAGCCACCCACCAGGUACCUGCCCCUUCUAUGAGGAGCUGGAGGCCCUGGUCAGGGCUCGGACAGCCAUCAGAGCCACAGAUGGCCCAGGAGAGGCCGUGGCACUCCCCAGGCUCGGGGAUAGUGAUGCAGAGAUGGAUGAGCAGGAGGAAGGGGGCUGGGAGCCUGAAGAAAUGGCAGAAGACUGUAACGGUGCUGGCCUGGUCACUGAUGAGUCUACCCAGGGGCCCAGGAUUGCAGGGGCCCCAGCCCUGUUCCAGAGCCGUAUUGCAGGUGUGCACUGGGGCUAUGAGGAGACCAAGGCCUUCCUGGCAAUUCUCAGUGAGUCCCCAUUCUCAGAAAAGCUUCGCACCUGUCACCAGAACAGCCAGGUGUACCGGGCCAUCGCAGAGCGGCUGUGUGCUCUGGGCUUCCUGCGGACACUGGAGCAGUGUCGCUACAGAUUCAAAAACCUCCUUCGAAGCUACCGGAAAGCCAAGAGCAGCCACCCACCAGGGACGUGUCCUUUCUAUGAGGAACUGGACUCACUGAUGAGGGCUCGGACUGCAGUCAGGUCCAUGGGGACUGCCCGGGAGGCUGCAGGUCUCCCUAGGUGUGGGCAGAGCAGUGCUGAGACUGAUGCCCAGGAGGCCUGGGGUGAGGUGGCCGAUGAAGAUGCUGCCAAACCUCCAACCUUGUGUCCUAAAGCCCCAGACAUGGGUUUUGAAAUGAGGCAUGAGGAUGAAGACCAGAUUUCAGAGCAGGACAUUUUUGAGGAUUUGCCUGGAGCCUUAUCAAAAUGUCCUACAGAAGCUGUUUGCCAGCCUCUUGACUGGGGAGAAGACAGUGAAAAUGAAAAUGAAGAUGAAGGGCAGUGGGGAAAUCCCUCACAGGAACGGUGGCAAGAAAGUUCUUCUGAAGAGGACUUAGAAAAACUUAUUGACCAUCAAGGCCUGUACCUUGUGGAGAAAUCCUACAAGUGUGACACAUGCAUGAAGAGCUUCAGUCGGAGCUCCCACUUCAUCGCCCACCAGCGAAUCCACACAGGUGAGAAGCCCUACAAAUGCCUUGAAUGUGGAAAAAACUUUAGUGACCGCUCUAACCUCAAUACCCAUCAGAGAAUCCACACUGGAGAGAAGCCCUAUAAAUGCCUUGAAUGUGGGAAAAGCUUUAGCGAUCACUCUAAUCUCAUCACUCACCAGAGAAUCCACACGGGGGAAAAGCCCUAUAAAUGUGGAGAAUGUUGGAAAAGCUUCAACCAGAGCUCAAACCUUCUGAAACAUCAGAGAAUCCACUUGGGAGGAAAUCCUGACCAGUGUAGUGAGCCCGGGGGAGACUUUGCCCAAAGCCCAUCUUUUAGUGCUCACUGGAGGAAUUCUACAGAGGAGAUGUCUCCUGAACAACCUCAAAGUAUCAGUAAGGACUUGAAUUCUCCUGGACCACACAGCACAAACUCAGGGGAGAAACUUUAUCAGUGUUCUGAAUGUGGAAGAAGCUUCUCUAAGAGCUCUGCCCUCAUUAGUCACCAAAGAAUCCAUACAGGAGAGAAACCAUAUGAAUGUGCCGAAUGUGGGAAAAGCUUCAGUAAGAGCUCCACCCUGGCCAACCACCAGCGCACCCACACUGGAGAGAAGCCGUAUAAAUGUGUGGACUGUGGGAAGUGCUUCAGUGAGCGCUCCAAGCUCAUUACACACCAGAGAGUACACACAGGAGAGAAGCCCUACAAAUGCCUUGAGUGUGGAAAAUUCUUCCGUGACCGUUCUAACCUCAUUACUCACCAGAGGAUUCAUACGGGAGAGAAGCCGUAUAAGUGCAGAGAGUGUGGGAAAUGCUUUAACCAGAGCUCCAGUCUUAUUAUUCACCAGAGAAUCCACACAGGGGAGAAACCCUACAAGUGCACAGAGUGUGGCAAAGACUUCAACAACAGUUCCCACUUCAGUGCUCACCGGAGAACCCAUGCAGGAGGGAAGGCAUCGUAGGGGACAGUUUUCCCAACAACAAAAGAGGACUCAGUGUGUAUAUCUUAUAUCAUAAGAUGUAUGCUAGAGAGAAACUUUCCAAUUUUUAAGCUUGGUGUGUACCCAGGGAAGUUAUCUAGGUAUAAACCAGGUAAUUUGGAAGUGAAUUACAAAUACCAAGGAUCCAGAUUUGAAGGCACUUUGCUUAAGUGUAAUUUGUUUUUCUUCUGUAAAGACCCACACGGAAUCCUCAGACUGUCCUUGUAUUUGCUGUCAUGUAAGAACUAUGUCAGUAUUUGAGCCAAACUGGCAACUUAGGAGGUUAGAGUUAAAUCAGUGGUCCUGAGCAGUGAUUCUAAGUUCUCACUGUGCCUUCACACUGUCCAUGUGUAAUCCAGCCCAUCAGCAGUGGUUCUCGUACUUUCUUAGUGGGGGCAUAUCCUCGGGAGAAUGUUGAGAUUCUGGUGAGAGAGGAGUUGGCCUAGAGCAGGCCACUGUGAGCUCAGCACAGAGUAGGAAGAACAGUGACAUCAUUACAGAAUCAUUAAUAGCAGCAAUGGCUGGUGAUUAUUGAGCUGUUGCUCUUUGGCAAGCUCUGUGCCAAGAACUUUGUAUACAUCAUCUCAUUUAAUCUUCACAACAGCCCCAGGAGAUAACUACUAACUUUCUCCCCAUUUCCUAGAGGCUUGGGAAAUUAAGUAACUUGCACUGGUCACACAUCUGUAAGUGGGAGAGGCAGGAUUCAACAGAUCUGUCUGUCUUGAGUCUGUCGUGCUCUUAUUGCUAUAAUGAAUUCCCAUUCAUGUUAGGUAGCUUAGGGGCCAGAAUCUCAAUGCACUUUGUAGACACACUUCCUGUUAUAAAAUUUCUACAUUUUGAAUUUUUUAAACAAAUAUGGAAAUUGAGAAUCCCUAAGGAUUAAAGGACUUGGGAUAUUCAGAAUUGGUGAAAUGAUUUGAGCAAGGAUGAGCUACUAUCAAAAUACUUGAUGCGAGUUUCCAUCUUCUCAAUAAUAUGGGUGAGAGAUAUAGGUGGGUUGAGAUUGGGAAAAAUAUGUGGCCUAAGUAAUUUUUCUUCCAAUAAGAUACUGCUUUGGCUAAGGAAAUGGGAUCUAAGAGUUCUCUUUUUUCUCAGGGGUCAGUCCUCUUCUUGCCACGCUUGGCUGAUCAUAGGUUAACCCUAACAGAAGCCUGGGGUCCCUAUAUUUUUGCCUGUCUGGCCUUUCCUUUUGGCAAGCAGAAGCUUUGUUCUUGGUCCCCAUGCCAGGACUGAGGUGGAAGGUGCUGGUAUGUAUGGUCAUCUACUGAGAGGGCCUUGACCACUGUUCUGCGUUCCAGGUUCUUGGCACAAUUUUACCCUGAGCCAUCCUGUCCCAGGCCUGCCCAGGGCUUUCUGUAUGUUGGCCCUUCACACUCGCCUCCCACAUGGACAGGCUAAGUAAGAAAGGUUCACAUAGGAUGGUUUUGGCAUUUGCAGCACUUUGGCCUCCAGAGUUUCUCCUUAGAAGGGUUUAAAACUGUUGACCAAGGACUUCAGUUUCCACAGGACUUUAAAGGAAAAUCCCCCUCCUGCCAUCCUCUUAUGACACUGGGAUGUGUUCAUAACCUGCUUGUUUCAUGGACUGGGGAAGUAUCUAUCAGAUAGUGGAUGUGAAGCAGCCUUGAAGAACGGAGCUUUUAUUAACACACGAGGAAGCCGGUGGAGAGAUUUGCUACUCCCACAGAGUGAGAUCCCUUCUUAACCCCUUCCCCUGCUUCAGAACCUCCCUUCCCAAGAACCAGCCCCACUAGGAUCACCGUCAACUCCCUCCCAGUUUACCUUUCCUGGCCCAUGUUCUCUCUGCAAGGCAGGGGUCAUGGGAUGAACCCUGGGUAGAAGUUAGCAGAUGUCAGUAACUGCAGUAAUACAGUGAUAUUGUCUAAUAAUGUGAGCUGAGAGGAAGGAUCCUGAGGUGAGGGAGAGGGAAGGAGUUCCAGGGAAAGGCACUGUUGUAUGGAAUAGCAUGGAUUCAGGGUGGGGGUGUAUGAUGGGAGGUUGGAAACAGGGAGCUGAUAUUAGAGGGGUGCUGGGGCAAGGUCACUGAGUACCUCACAUAUAAAUGGAGUGUCAACACCAGGCCUGGGGCAGUGUUCAGAUGUGCAUGGUUGAAAUCUGACAGCUGAAUGGAACUUGGAUAUGCUGCAAUUAGGAUGGCCUGUUGGGACACUGUUGUGAUAUUUCAGCUAAAGGCUAGGGUCUGAACUAGAGCAGUGGUGACACUAAGGAGGAGGGAAUGAAUGGGAGAGGUCUCAGAGGCAGAUGGGAGGACAUCAGAGGAAAGCUAGAAUGCCUUUGGUGACAGGGUGGAGCAUGUCCUUAUUCAGAAUUGGGAGCACAAGGAGGAGAGGCUGAUAGAGCAGGAGGGCAGAAGAUGAGAAGUUUAGUUUUGGAUGUCUAGAACUUGAGGUGCGUAAGGGAAAUCAUGGUGAUGCUAUGCAUUUGGAUGUCGGCUAGAAGCUAGGGGAGAGGCUAGGACUAGAGAUCUGUGUAUGCAGAGUAGUUAAACUAAUGAGAAAGGAAGAAUUUCAGAUUCAAGUAUUGGGCCUAGGACAGAGCUACUUGAUAGUGCUGAAUGGAGAGGAAGAUGGCCCUCAAAGGAGAUCUAGACCACUCCCUACUCCCACCCCCCACCAUCAUUUUUUGGAUCCUGUCUUCCUUGUAACUGACCCCUGAAUUCUUCAUUGUAGCCCCAAGUUUUCUGGAGCGCUCACUGUGGAAGCCAGGCUGAGCUCUGUGUGGAUGUGAGGUGAUAAUCCUCUCCAUUUGGUUACCCUUUCCCCUGGACUUGGUAGUGUGUUAGUGUCUCAUGUCUUUAGGGAAGAGUUUUGAUGUUUAUUAUCUGCCAUUCUUGUCUCAUGAAUCUUAGUUGAGGUUCAGUCAUGAAAGCAAGGCUGGUGUGGGCCAGGAGAGAAAAUGGCUCAGGUGGUCCCUUCCUCCUUGUCUUACCCGACUUCCUUUGGAAGAAGCACUCUUUCGGGGGGCCGCAGUGUUCCAGGCCUGACCCUCCAGUAGGUCUGUACUGCUCACAUAAACUGACAUCUGGUUUUACCCACCCUGAGCUUUGCUAGUGUGAGUCUGCUCUUGGGAGUCUGUAGAAUGGGUGGACAGUUUCUCAGCCUUCCUGGCCACAGGUCAGACCCUGGUUAUGGAAAACCAAACCAGCAAAUGCUGCCCUGGGAGUGUGUUACAUCAUGUGAGCUACUAAAGGAAGGAUUGUCUCCCCAGAUGGCUGCCUCCCCUUGAUUUCUUCACCCUCCACCCCAAGAAGGGCAUUGGCUCCUCUGAAGUGAUCAAAAGGUACUUAAAAGACCUUAGGCCUUCCAUUCCCCAGACUCCCAGGAGGCAGCAGACCCAAAGGUAGGGGCAGGGAAAGGAGGGGCCAAGACUUUUUCAGAUACUCGGUUUUUUCUUAGGCCUUGACCUCAGCAGCUGAACUAAUGGUCAUGGCUGCCUCGGCCUUAUUGUCCCCUGUGGCCACCUCCCAGAAGCAGUGUAAAGCAGCUAGGCUCCCUCCAUGCUAAAUAGUAUAGUCAGGAGCUCUGGCUAGUCCUUCCUGCCUCAUCUUGUUCUGGGGCCCCCGGUGGGGUAGCUGUCUGCUUUCGGGCUGCAGAAAAGAAUUGAGUCACUUUCUGAAGGGGAGUAACACCCUUUGGGGACAGGGGUGCAGUUUUGAAGUAAUGAAGGCAGUGAUGUCUGGAGUGGGUGUGGGCGUUGCAGGUGAACUUGCCUCACCCAGGCUAUUCUGGGUCUUUGUACUCCAGAGUUCUGUCCUGGGUUUGCUUAUUCAUUCACUCUGUUUCCCUUUCUUUUCCUUUCUUUCUCUCUUUUCUUCUAUGUAGAUGCUAAUGACUUCCAGAUCUGUCUCCUGCUGUGGCCUCUCCUCUUAGGAGCCCAGCUGUCUGCCAACCAGCUGUGCUUGGGUGACUCCUGGGCCUCUCAAAGCCCCCGUGUCUACCAUCACCCAUCGUGGGGCUCUUGGCCUACCCAUCCAGCACAUGCAUUGAUGUACACACUCAGUGGCUCCCACCCAGCCUCCCCUGCACAUGCCUGGAGAGACCUACCCAUUCAGACUCAUCCUGGACUCAGUUCUGCCAAUACUUUCUUCCUUCUAAGAGCAUUUCCAGUUGGGCUGGGGUUACCCAGCUGCCUGAGAGGUCUCUUUCUGAAUGGAGUCAAUAUCUAAAGUCAAAAUUAAUCAUUCAAAAUAUUCCCUUACCUCAUUUUUUUCUCUUUUUUUUUUUUUUUGGAGAGAUGGGGGUCUUGUGUUGCCCAGGCUGAUCUUGAUCCUCCCAGCUCAGCCUCCCAAAGCUCCCCUGACCUCAGUUUUGAUCCCAUCCUCCAUUUGGGCAUCCCUCAGCUCCCCCACCUGUUAAUAGCAAACACCAAUCUCAAGCCCCUGCCCCAGUCUGCUACAAGGGGUUAGUGCUCCACGCAGCAGGAGCUCAGGGAAGGCUUUGCAGGAGAGGAGGGAUUUGAAAUGGGCCUGGAGGCCUGGGAUGGUAGACACUGGAGCCUUUUGCCCCACAGCUCCUGGCUAUUUCUUCACACUCCCAGCAUCAGUAUUACUACUACCAUGUCUUUAGCAUCAUUUUGCCCUCCCUCUGACUUUCAGCAAGCCUGCACUUACCUCCAAAUAAAUGCCUGUUUUUGGGGGGCAAAGGCACGUUCCUUCCUUACCUUAUUGUUGCUUCCCCCACCCCAUGCUGCAGCUGAGCGGGUGACCUUUCUCCUCACCUCCGUGUGCUGCAUCUCUCACCUGGUCUCUGUUAGGAACCCUACAGGAACCUGCACCCCAGUAACCCCAUUUUAUGCUGCUUGGAGAAAGAGACAGAGAGUUUGAGAGGUCCCAGUUCUUUUCGGUGUGUGUUUGGUUCCCCCACUCCUCAAAGCUGAGAGCUUCUUUGUUUUAAGAGCCACUUGGUUAAGUCAAGAGCAUUAGAUGAGUAAAAAGAAGAAUCCAAUUAGAUAAUUAUACCUAAACAUGCUAUAGUCGACUAGGGAUUCACAUAGACAUUGAUUUUCUAAUCAGGGCACUGUUGGUGAUUCUUUCUGUGUGUAAAGAUGCUUCUGAUCAUGCCUGCCAUUACAUGAUACUUACUUCUAAAGUCACUUUUUUUUUCCCCCCACAUUUUCAUUGUAGAAAAAUAUCCCAUAAUUGUGCCACCUUGAGGGUGAGGGCCACAGGAUGGGGGAUUAGGAAAACAAGAGUCACUCUCUAAGCUGGUCCUGGAGCAGCAUUACGGAUGUGUCGGAGCCCAAGCAGGAGAGGAGCCACAGGCCAAGGCUGGCAGAGCUGUAAUCACUAGAAUCUCAAGUCACUGGGGCUCACGGAGCCCUAACUUAGUGGCAGGUGACAAAUGUGGAACAGAGGAGAAAGGAGUCUUCUUCUUCCACAUAGAACACACUUGGCUUCAGUGCUUUGUGGGGAUUCAUGGACCACAGAGAAGCUUCCACAUAUUUAUAGGCACUGGGGAGCAGCAAGAAGUGGUGGUGAGACACUUUGCAAUCCUCCACUGCAGACUUCACCCAGGGGGCCAGAGCAGGAGAGAAUCCCUCUGUGGACAGCACUUGAGAGGAAAGGGCUUGUUCAUGACCGUGUAUGGAGGUCACCAACCCAACCCUGUUCCUGAAGUUUCCAGAAACAGAUGGAGAGGUAAGUCCAGCUAGGCUGGAGCACCAGCAUCAGUAGUAGGGGCAGGAGCUUGUGCUAAACCUGGCUGGUGUGUCCUAGAGAAACAGGAAGCACAGGUGUCAUCUCGCAGGACUUUUCUCAACCAACUAAUUUCUUAUGGAAAUGAGACAUUUGUGAUUGAUUUUAAUUUCCUCUUGGGGACUGUGAAAUUAAAAUGGAUGAAAUUUUGUCCACCAGGAGCCUCAGGGAUUUAAUAUCCAAUUCUAAAACCUGAACAGGCCCUUUUGUUUUGCAAUUUGUGGACCAAUCCCUGGCUUCAUUUUAUUUGGCUUUGCUUUCACUUCCCCAUUUUCUGUUAUUUUCUUUUUCUUGUGCUGUUAUGUACAUCUCUUAAAGCUGGUCAAAUUGUAUUUUGGGAUGGAAUGGCCUGAUAAGUUAAUAAAUUUAUUAAACUGCC